UGUCGUGAGGGUUGACGCCGCGAGAUCUCUCUUGGGGGAGAAAACAGAAAAAAAAAAACACUUAAAGUAAAAAAGUAAAAAAAAAAAAAACUCUUCCUUUUUUCGUAUCGGAAUAUACACGAAAUAACAACCAACGCCAUGAUGAAGUUCGUACUGUGUCUGUCCCUCCUGGCGGCGUGCGCGUCGGCGGGAGAGGCCGAAGGGGCGCCGAAGACCUCCUUCCCCGACGACGUGCUCUCCGAGAUGGUCCUCCGGCUGGUGGAGGCGGCCCGCUCCACCUCCUACUCGUCCCUCCUCACCCUCAACGUCACCAACAUCAUCAUCCUCGCCUUCGUCGCCUUCAUCGCCCUCGGAUACUUCGGCUUCAUCGAUGUAGGACUCGGUCUCGGCCGGUCCUUCGGGAGUUCCUUGGACCUCGACCUCUCCACCGUCGGGAAGGCCGUGUCCUCCUUAGCCCCGCUCGUCCACCAGGCCCUCGAGACCUACAGCAGCCUGCAGGAGGAGUCCUCUCGUCACGAGUCCUAGGCCUCCGACAAAGAAUGAAAUGAAGACGUAGCCCACUUUAUGCCCGUAGUUCUUGCGUGACGUCAUCGCUAGCAACUAUGUGCAAUGGCGACGUCUCAUUGGCUGCUCCCUGCUGUUACCUCCUCAAGACCACCCCUUGUGACGCCAUGUUUUAUGUCUGUUUCAUAACAUCACGCUUAAAAGUUAAUGUUUCAUGACGUCAUCAUAAGUGCCACUUCCUCUUAGGUAUUAAAUUUGUUUUCAAGGUGCCACUUGCUCUGUGAUACCACAUAGAGGUAUCAUUAUCUUCACUAUCAUAAUUGAUACCAGAAGUCUCUUACCAAGCCAUCUUGCUUUGACGGUCAACCUGGAGCAAGUUGGUUUGCUUAAAAUACGCCUCGUUAUUUCCAUGACAACGAAGCCCAAACUUGGAUAAUUUUUUCUUAAUAUAUCCCGUAUUUUCGAUACUCCAGACUUUCUCCUGACGUAAAUUAUUGAAUUACUUAAUGCAGCAUACAGUUUGUCUUGUCUGUUGUUAUUGUUGUUAUUGUUGUCACGUUUUCUUUGUAUUGCCAAAAUCAAUUAUUUUUGCUGGAACUAUUUGUCUUCUCCAAGUGCCUUUUCACAUACACACACACUCACACACACACACACACAAAUAAAAAUAAAUAGAAUAAGAAAUAAGCAAAACAAAAAUAAGUAAAAACGUACACACGCAUACAUGUACACCUAUACUCACAUGCACGCACACGCACGCGGAGGGCAGUAGUUGUGGCGCGAACGAUAAUACUCAUCACCGGCGACCAAACGGCGUCGGAGUCAUGUUUAUGUUAAGAUUUUGUUGAUUGUUUGUUUGUUAAUAUAUUUAAUAAAAAUAG